AUGGAGCUGGACCUCGGGCAGGUGAAACAAAAUGCGCUGCAAGCGGCUGCCCGGCUGAAAACUCUGCGGGUUGAGGAUGUUGGGGAGACGGUCAAGAUGGGAGCUGAUGCGGUGCAGAGCGGUGGAAAAAAGCUGCUCACGUCAGUGGGGGUGCUGGGGGAGCGAGCCAGUGAUAACAUGCGGCGCAAUCUCUCCUCCCUCACCUCCUGUGUCUCUGUCUCUCCUUCCGGCCGCCUUUCCCUCUCUUUUCGCCCCUCCUCUCUCCGUCCCCUCCUCCUCCUCGCCUGCCUCCUCUCCCUCCUCCUCUUCCGUUCCCGCAUCCUCCCCCUCGUCUCCGCCCUCCUCUCUCUCCUCCUCUCCCUUCCCCUCCUCUUCUUCCGCGUCCUGGGAUUCCGCUGGGCGGAGGGGGAUCUCAGCUGGGGGGAGUGGGGGUGGGGGAGCGGUGGGGGAAGGGGCAGGGGGAGGCGGGUGGUACGGGACCGGUCGAUGGGGGGAAAGGAGGUGGUGGCGUCUGAGGGGUGGCGCAAGUGGUGGGAGGGGGUGGGCGGAGCGGGGGAGAGUGGGCGCGAGGGGGGGAAAGGGAUGGGUGUGAGAGAGGGGGGUGUGCGGAGGUGGAGGAGGGGAGGAGGGGCGAGACAGAGAGGGGUGAGUCCGCUGGAUAUACCCGCGGAGACAUCGCGAUCAGAGAGAGAGCUGCGGGCGAUGGGGCUGCUGACAGGGGACGAGGGGAGUGGGGGGCGUGCGGGGAGGCUGGCAGGGAGGCAGGAGGAGCCGGCGUGGUGGAGGGAGGCGUGCAGUGGCGCAGCAGGGAUGGCUGCCUCUGCCUCGCCUGCUGUAGCGCCUGAUAUGGUAGCAGCAGCAGCAGCAGCAGGAGGAUCAGAUGAGAGAGCAGCAGGGGGCGGAGCAUGGAGCGUGGCGAAGGAGGGCGGUGAGGAAGCAAAUCUUGUCGUGCAACGCAUGUUGAGUCAGCGGCUGUUGGGUCAAGACUUCAACGCCUCCGACAUUCUCCAGCUGUACACGGCGUAUCGUCGCAGUGGGGCCACAGUGGGCAUCGAUUCAGACAACAGCCGUGACGCGCUCUUCAGAGCCGCCAUCCACACCGCCUUCUCUGCUGCCGCCGGCAACCCCCUCCCCGCCCUCCCCCCAGCGGACAUUCCUCUCUUCCUCGCCUGCCUGGCAGCGGCCAUCCGUCUGCCCUCUCCCCGUGCGCUCACCAUGGUGCUUGCCGCCCUCGCUGCCCGCACCCGCUCCUCCUUCCUGCAGGCCUGGGCACUGGUGAAGCAGAAUCGGCGCAGAGAGGCGGAAGAGGAGCUUCAACGCCUUGCCAGCAUCGCCACCACCCUGCCCCCCCCACCCAACUCGGCGGAGAUGGAGAUGGUGGCGGCAGGGCUGGCACAGAGGAUAAGCCACGGGGAGAGGGAGGAGCUGCUGUGGGUCUACUGCAGGGCGGGCGGGAAGGAGACAAGAGACGCCAUGGCGCGUGCGCUUGGCCUGUAG